GGCAUAAAACCUCCCAACAUCAAAGUUUCAUCUAGAAGACCCGAAACGCUCGAAGAUCUGUCUGUGGUGGGCAUAGAAUGUUUCUAUGACAACCAGCGCUUGGCAUCCUGGGCUGACGUGCUGUUUCUGUGCUGCCUGCCGUCCCACCUGCUCCAGGUGUGUGCUGACAUCAGAGCACACCUGUCCCAUUGCUGUGUAGUGUACAGCUUCAUCUCCACAGUCCCUGUCAAGAGAUUGGCUCAGCUGCUUGGCCACACCUCCAUCCUCAGACCAGCCUAUGAGUUUGUGUCAAGUGACGCUGGGUGGGCGUGUCCUCCAGAACAUUCUAUGAUGGCUGCUCUCAAAAAUGUGGAGCUGAUCGCAGCCUCCUGCCCCCUAUCUAUGAGCCGUGGUGUGCGUAUCGGUGAUGAAUGGCUGCCAGCAGUGCUGUACUCCCUGCUGAACAUGUGCUGUUCUGUGCUGCCACUAGAGGGGGCACUAGAGCUCCUCAACCAGCUGCUGAGGCUUCAGUCUGACUCCGCCCUCUCAGUCCACCACCUCAUCAGCCACUCGUGUGCUUCCUCUCAGUCCCCACUCAGGCCCCUUCUCUGGAUUAGCUUGGCUGACGUCCAGUCCAGAGACACUCCGUUGUCAUGGCACCUGAGUAGAAGCCCUGCUCUAAGGGAACGUCUGUCAACCCUGUACUUUACAACCCUAACACCAGGGGGCAGCAAAGACCAGGACAUCGGUUGCCAAUCAUAAUCAACACCAGCUAAUGCGGUUUUGCUGUUUGAACAUUAC